UUUUUCACUCCGCCAUGGAUGAUGACUCUAGCUCGUCAAAUCAGUCUUGUGAAAGAAAUGAAACAGUAAGAUCAAGGUGGAACCCAAAGCCGGAACAAAUAGUAAUACUUGAAUCCAUCUUUAAUAGUGGGAUGGUAAAUCCUCAAAAAGACGAGACAGUUAGAAUCAGGAAAAUGCUGGAGCAAUUUGGAGCCGUUGGAGAUGCAAACGUAUUCUAUUGGUUCCAAAAUCGGCGGUCGAGGUCUCGCCGUCGUCAACGACAAAUUCAGGCGAGCCUUAGUGCUGCCAGUAACAGUAUUGAAGAACAAUCUGCAAGGUCUAGUAGUGGUGGUGCAAUUCAGUUUCAGACUAAUUUUGUCCCCUCAUCUGUUUCUUCUUCGCUUGGAGGAGUUGUGGGAAAUGCAAAUGAUGGCCUCUUCCUCUUUUCUGGUCCAAUGGAAAUUGAUCAAAACUCUUCUAUCACCUCAAUUUUGUGCUCACCAACAGACAAUUCUAACUUGCAUACUGUUACAGGGUUUAUCACAGUUUUUAUUAAUGGAGUAGCAACACAGGUGCCCAGGGGGCCACUUGACAUGAAGGCUAUGUUCGGCCCCGAAGACUUAAUCUUGUAUCACUCCUCUGGGGUGCCACUCCCAGUUAAUGAAUAUGGUUUUGUUGUUCAGAGUUUGCAGCAUGGUGAAAGCUACUUCCUGUUGAGACAUGAAGCAUAACAAUGUUAUCCCUAAUGGGCACUUCAAGAAGCACACUGAUAUCCGUGUGAAGACCUGGUUCAAUCAACCAGCACGCAAGCUGAU